AUGGUGUCUGACAUGGCUGCCUCUGAUAUGGAGCUCAUCAUUCUCUGCAAAAGAAAACUUCAGAAGUAUGUCGAACUUCGAGACGAAGAAAAGAUUCUCAGUUACCUCAGCAAAUUGAAACACCUUCGGAUGACAGUGAGCUACCUACAAGAGACAGGUGUUGGGAGAACAGUGAAUGCUCUCAGAAAGGAAGAUGGUGCUAUUGGUCAAAAGGCCAAAGCUUUGGUGACCAGAUGGAAGGAACUUGUGAUGGAGGAAGAAGAAGAGGAAGAGGAGGAGGCAGACAAGAAGGAGCCAGAAGGCAAUGCAAGGGUUAAUGGCGAGCUUUCCACCCCUCAUGCUGCUUCCCAAAGCACGUUGAAGGUAGAGCGAGAGGCUAGCUACACUAUGACUGGUGAUGAAGCAAUCUGUGAUAUGGCCAGAGGUCGUGAUACUCCGCAUGAUGAUGAUGAUGGUGAUACUAUCGAAGAUGAUGAAGUGGCAAUGCGCAUCUGUGAUGAUGUUCCUAAAGAGAAGUCUGAUGAACGGCCACAGCUUCCUCAGAAUCAGGUCUUCAGUCAAAAAAAGGCUACAGAUAGUGAACAUUGUAAACAUACUCCAGUGAAUAAAGGGAUACCUACUGUGAAUGGCAGAUUGAAAAAAGAAAAGUCCACAUCUGGCUCUGUCAGAAAGGAUGAUAGAAACAAGUCUUUAAAUGGCAAUGCAGAUGGGAAGAAGGAAAAGAAAAGUGAAAUUGGAAGCAGCAAAGAUGAGAAGAAGAAACAUAAGAGAAAGAGGCCUUCAGAAGAAAGUGAAGAUAAAGGAACAGAUGGAAAAUCCUUUGCAGAGGCUUUGGGGAUGGCUGAUGAAAGUGAGAAAAGUGAGAAGUUGAAGAAGAAAAAGAAGAAGCAUCACCGCGAUGUUGAGCCACUGUCUGAGGCCAGAGCUCAGAAGGAUGAGGUUUCAGAUCAGCAGAAUGAGAUGAAAAGUGCUUUGCCGUUGAUUGAUGCUGAUGCAAUUCCAGGUUCAUCAGAAAUCAAAAACUCUCUUCUUCCAGUCAUUAGUCCAGAUUACAAGCCACAAAGACAUUAUAACCUGCCAGAGAAGAAGUCUGUGCAGGCCAAGUUACUCAGUGAAGAUGAAGCCCUUCAGCUUGCUAUUAACACUAAGAACAAUAAGACAAAAGUAUUCUCAGGCACGAAAGGAUCUGGACCCUCAUCCGUUCCUAGUCUCUUUGACCUCUGCAUCCGCAGCCUUCAGGAAAAUAUUGAUAGCCUAGAAUUCACUGGAGGUGUACCAUACACUGUGUUGGAGCCUGUGUUCAAGACUGCCAGUGCUGAACAGCUUUUCACUCUGGAGUAUUAUAAUCCUUACUUGCUGAGUGAUACUGAUCCCCUCUGGGAACGCCUUGUGAAGAAGGACUUCCGAAACACAGAUCGACAGGAGUUGGAAAGUUGGCGGGAUAUGUAUGAUAGGUGCAAGAGGGAGAGAGAGGCCAAGUUGCAGAGCCUGACUUCAAAACUUCACCACUCCAUGUCAGUGAAAACGCCAUCAAGGCAGACAAAACUGGCCUAUGUGGACUCAGUGGCUAAACCACCUCGUAGCAUCGCUAGACAACAGGCCAAAUAUGGAACAGGUGGUCAGGGUCAGCAGAAGAGAGGGACUGGAGCUAUUCCUCUAUCAAAUUUGAAGGAUAUAGGAAAUAUGUCCAACUCUUCCUCUUCCUCUUGUGCCUCAAGUAAACUGGCUGCUUCUGUGAAAGCUCCACCACCUCUUGGAAAUAUGAAGAAGCCUAAAGUUGCCCCCCUGAUGCAGAAAACAUUGCGUCUGAUGAAGAGUCGAUUUCGAAGGUAGCCUCUUAAGCAAUGCCUGUGUCCUUUGGUCCUAGGUCUAUUUAUCUUAGCUGCAUUUUUUGUCUUGGUGUGAAGGUGAUCUUGUCACUUGAUGUGACAAGAUAUUGCUUGUCUUUCACUGGGAUGCAAGGGUUAAUAUAAGUUUGAUGCAGGUUCAGAAUGCUUCCUUUUCUUCAUCUGAGGCAAAAAUGGAAGACCCUUUCUUGUGUUUACCUGGUCACCCUUUUUCAACCCAUUUAUCCUAUUGGUGUUGUUUUCUUGAACACAAAAUAAAAUUCCUUGUUGACUGCCUGCCCCUUCCAUG